AUGUUUUAUGACUCAUUUUACAAAACAUCAGAGAAAAUCACCCAGGACAAUUUUAUAUUGAAGCACUGCAGCGUUACUGAUCCCAAAAGAUCAAGAAAACGAGAACAAGAAAAAAAUAAGCCGAAAUCUAUGUCAGUGAAAUACUAUGUGAAAAGAAGAGAUGGGCUAAUGGUUAAUGUGUGCAGACAGAGUUUCAUGAACAUUCUGGGAGUGAAGAAAGACAGGAUUUUGAAUGUAGUAAAACGGUACAAGGAAAGCAAUGAAAUGCCCAAAGAACGACGUGGAGGUGAUCGGACAAAACGUAAAAAUAACACAAAGCGAGCGGCUAUAAAAGAGUUUGUUGAAUCACUGAAGUGCAUAGAGUCUCAUUAUUGCCGAUCUAAGACAUUCAGUAGAAUUUAUUUGCCUACAGAACUAAAUAUCUGGAAACUCUGGAGAAUGUUUAACAAUACCGUGGACAAAGAUCUUCAGGUUAAGGAGUCAUUUUUCAGAUACUUUUUCACCAGAAAAUACAAUGUUGGCUUUGGUACUCCUAAAACCGACAUGUGUUCAACAUGCCUGCAGUUUCAAGACCAAAUAAAAAAGUCAUUAGAUAUCAACACAAAGAAUCGAUUAAUGGCUCAACAGCGAGCUCACAAAAUCCGAGCAAAGUGCUUCUAUGAGCUUUUGAAAGAAGUCCGUGCUGACAAUGAGGUUGUUACAUUCAGCUUUGAUUGUCAAAAAAACCUGGCUCUGCCAAAAAUCGCAGGUCAAGCAGCCUACUUCAGUAUGCAGCUAAACUUUUAUCACUUUGCAAAUGUACAGGGGACUUCUAAAGGAAAAAUAAGUCCAACUUCAGUCAAUUCCUAUGUAUGGACUGAACUAGAUCAUGAAAGGGGAUCCAAUGAAAUAGCAUCAGCAUUAUAUCAUACUCAGCACAAUUAA